AUGACUGUUAAACCUGAUAUAUUUGAUUGCAGCUUGUCUUCUUUACAACUGGAGAUUAACUCAUUUGAAAGUCAAAAAGUUACAAAAAUAAAAGAAGUGGAAACAGGUAAAGAAGAAGCAGAAUUCAUCGAUUUUGAAAGGGGAGUAAUUAUUACCUUGGAGAAGAAUCACCGCUGGGAACAGAAUAAUCUUUUUCCUCCCAGCCCCAUCUCAACCGGUGAUUUGAGAAGACAAAAAGAAGCGGUGGAAGCAAGGAGAGCACAGGUGAAGGGAAGUCCUACAAAAUCCACUUCAGUUUGUGUUCCGUUUGAAUGUGAGAAAGGGGGGGGGGUUCAAAAUUCACGCAAUUUUCUUGAUUUUAUUCUCUCCCCGGAAACUGCACAAUUUAAAGAUCGUAAGUGGAAUUUUCUUUACCAAUUGUAUAAGUUAAAAGGAGACCACCUUAAAGUACUGACUGGCAUUUUGACUGACGUUUUUUUGUCAAAGACCAUUAAAAUGGCUUCCACCCCAUUGAAGCGGAACACAGAAGGGAAAGGGGGUCAAGUUUUCUUUUCCAGUAUAAAGUUGUCAAAUAAAAUUAAUAAUUAUUUACGACUAAAGUGUUCAAAGGUGAAAAAAAUGAAGCUGAAGUUGUCCGUCAAUCCAUUUGUCCAUCUAUCGAACCAUCCAAUCUCCAGCCGUCCUGUAUCCACCUAUCCAUCUAUCUAUCCACUCAAUCCUCUAUCCACCACGUAUUCAUCCAUCCAUUCAUCUAAACAUCUAUCCAGUCGUCCACCAACCCAUCCAUUUAACCGCCCAAUUCUCCGUCUAUCCAUUAUCUAUUCAUCAAUUCAUCCAUCUAUUCAUCCAUUCUGUGUCCAUUUGCCAGCCAAAGCCGACCUGUUGAUUUUAUCUCCUCCUCCUCCUUCCAAAUAUCACAUGGUUAUUCUACUAGAUUUUUUCUGCAGGUCUGCUCUGAAUAGCCUUGCUUCGGUUCAAAAGGCAAUCCAUCCAUUGGAUUGGGAGAAAACUGGGAGAAUAGCUGCUUAUAAGACGAAUUUCCACUCUUCCUUGAAUUUUGAUCCCAUUCUAUGCAGUAUGCUGCGGACUUUCCAAGAUUGUGUACUUUCAAUCAUUUUUUGUUUUAAUUGCUUUUUAUACCCACGCGGAUUUUUCAAAUUCCGUGAUUUUGUUGCACAACUGCAAAUGCUCCCUCGUGCCUGGAUUAUUCUUAGGUGGGUCGCUAUACUCAAAAAGUUCUAUAGAUGA